CAACUUUAUCAUCAUCAGACUAGAAAAUACGCGGGAAAGGGCAUAUCGUACCAUGGGUGAUGGCGUCGGAGCUUCCCUCCAUCUGACGGCACGAACCAUCUAGCGUCAGUCCUCUAGGUUAGCGAAACAUCACCACCAGCUCGUCAACCCGGUUCCCACCUGUCAUAGCGAUACUUUUUCCCAAUUUCGACCUCGAACGGGCCCUUUUGCUGCCAAAAUUGUACGCUAUAAAGGUCGUGGAUAGUUUCGGAAUCGACAACAGGUCUCGAUCUAACCAGCAACCAUGGCGCCCGAGUUCGUGGACCCCCGAAUGACCUCCAUCAAGCCAAGAAUACGCUACAAUACCAUUGGUGGUGUUAACGGACCGCUGGUCAUCCUUGACAAUGUCAAAUUCCCCCGAUACAACGAGAUUGUCUCCUUGACUCUCCCCGAUGGUACCGAGCGGUCUGGUCAGGUUCUCGAGGCUCGAGGAAACCGAGCAGUUGUUCAGGUGUUUGAGGGUACAUCAGGUGUCGAUGUGAAGAAGACGAAAGUCGAGUUCACUGGACACAGCUUGAAGUUGGGUGUCUCGGAGGACAUGCUGGGCCGUAUCUUUGAUGGUUCGGGUCGUGCUAUCGACAAGGGUCCCAAAGUGCUUGCGGAGGACUACCUCGACAUCAACGGCAGUCCAAUCAACCCUUACUCUCGUGUCUACCCCGAAGAGAUGAUUUCCACCGGUAUCUCUGCUAUCGACACCAUGAACUCUAUUGCCCGUGGCCAAAAGAUCCCCAUUUUCUCUGCAGCUGGUCUGCCCCACAACGAGAUUGCCGCCCAGAUCUGUCGUCAGGCUGGUCUGGUCAGUAAGCCCACCAAGGGUGUGCAUGAUGACCACGAGGAGAACUUCUCCAUUGUCUUCGCCGCCAUGGGUGUCAACUUGGAAACCAGUCGAUUCUUCACCCGAGACUUUGAGGAGAACGGUUCUCUGGAGAGGGUGACGCUGUUCUUGAACUUGGCCAACGACCCUACCAUCGAGCGUAUUAUUACUCCUCGUCUGGCCCUUACCACCGCCGAGUAUUAUGCCUACCAGCUGGAGAAGCACGUUUUGGUCAUUCUUACCGAUUUGUCUGCCUACUGUGAUGCUCUUCGUGAGGUUUCUGCUGCUCGCGAAGAAGUGCCCGGUCGCCGUGGAUACCCCGGUUACAUGUAUACUGACUUGUCGACCAUUUACGAGCGUGCUGGUCGCGUUGAGGGCCGUAAUGGCUCUAUUACGCAGAUUCCCAUCUUGACCAUGCCUAACGAUGAUAUUACUCACCCCAUUCCCGACCUGACGGGUUAUAUUACUGAGGGUCAGAUCUUCAUCGACCGUCAGCUCCACAACCGUGGUAUCUACCCUCCGAUCAACGUCCUGCCCUCGCUGUCGCGUCUCAUGAAGUCUGCCAUUGGUGAAGGUCACACGCGAAAGGACCACGGUGACGUUUCGAACCAGCUGUAUGCCAAGUACGCCAUUGGUCGUGAUGCCGCAUCCAUGAAGGCCGUCGUCGGUGAAGAAGCCUUGUCGCCUGAAGACAAGCUUUCGCUCGAAUUCCUCGAAAAAUUCGAGCGUUCCUUCAUCUCGCAGGGCGCGUACGAGGCCCGGUCUAUUUACGACUCGCUCGACCUCGCCUGGAGCUUGCUCCGCAUCUACCCCAAGGAACUGCUCAACCGUAUCCCCGCCAAGGUCAUCAACGAGUUCUACCAGCGCACUGCCACCGCUGACCGCAAGGGCAAGCAGCAGCGCACCGGCAACAAGGACACUGUCGACAACUCGGACAAGCCCGACGGCGAGCCCGCCAAUGGCAACCUCAUUGACGCGUAGAUGUUUUGUAAACCUAAACUACGUUGUAUACCUCAUCUUGUCCUCUUCGUCUUCUUCUUGUCAUGUUCUUCUCAGCCAUUUUAAAUUACCUGUGUAUUUCUUUUUUCUUCCUUGAUAUUAUAACUAUUUAUAUCUUUUCCCGAAUCUCAUCAUCAUCCUCAUCAUCAUCAUCAUACAUUUUACCUUUUACAUAGCCCCCUUGAACAGUGUAGUAUGCAGUAUGUUGUAUGUUGUAUGUAGUAGUUUUUCAUCCUUUGUCCUAGCGUACCUAGGUAACUAUGCAGUCCAUAUUGUCUAUGGUAUCUAAAUCCACAUCCUAGUUCUACUGUAAGACCGGGCAUUGCUCUCUCGUCCCCCAACCCCCAACCCCAAAC